GUGCGGGUCUGUAUCAUGGACGACAUUUGCAUCCCUGGAGAAAAGUGGGCAUCGGUCAACCUGGAAUAUGCCCUGUAUGCAUCGUCGGCUGGAACCAUGAAGGUGACCAGUACUGUGACGAAACCAGACAUCGAUGCAUUUGCAGGAAGGAGUCCACAAGAUGGCAGCCAGUGGUUUCAGUUUGACCAGGAUGAGGAGGCGUCUUCAACAAGAAUCGCCAUAGCAUCAUACGAAGGUGAGGCGCUCGAUAGUGAUAAGUUUGUUGUCAUGGAGAUAGUGGCCACGCCUACGUUUUACCUGCACCUGCCUGCGCGGGACGAGUAUGAGGAGGACACGGCAACGACUGGACUCCAGCAGCUGUUCGGUAACCACGUUGAGGAGGACAUCUUCCCUUACCGCAUGACGGCGUCUGUUGAGGCUAAGGCUCUCCUGAGGACCUCCACAGAGUCAUGUUCUCAGGAAUGUCCACAUGCGGAUCGUCCACAGCGGGUGGGGGUGACGUCACUGUUAGACUACCUGAAGGGACGGCUUGAUGUCGACCAGGUCACGGCGGUCCACUCAGAAGAAAAGGUCUGGCGAGAUGGAACAUGGAUGGAGUCAGACUUAUAUUGUGCAGCCCAGGCAACAGACAUCACCACCUGUGACAAAGCUUGUUCUUGUCCUGGCGGUGAGGUUUCCCUGUCACAUCCUGCCAACACCAGCGUCUGUCAAUGUCCCUGUAACUGCCCAGAUGGCGUCGUCCAUUUCACGCAUCCCGGCAUCCCCGGCGGUGGAUGUAACUGUGAGCGGUGUCCUGACGGGUCUAUGAAGGUCCCGGAUGAGGAAGGCCGGCUACACUGCCCGUGUCUGUGUGCCGACAAUAGGACCAGCGAGAUGGUACCGGGCGGUGGGGGCAAAUGUGACUGCUCCUGUCCAUGUGGUGACGGCAACAGUGACGUCAUCGCGGCAGAUGGCAGCUGCCCGUGCAGGUGCACCUGUAGAAACUGUCAGGAGUCCGUCCUGGGUCCGCACGGCUGUCUCUGUUCAGACAGCUGCCCUGACUGUGAGAAUGGAGAGGAGCCGGUGUGGGUAGACUGUAGCUGCAGGUGUCCACAGAAGACUGAGUGUGGAGCUCCGCCCACAUGUGUGGUGGGUAGGAUGGGUGUGGACUGUAGGCAGCCGGACUGUAGACCUUGUCAAGGCUGUUCUGGCAACGGCCAGUGCAGGACUUCGGCUGACAGCUGUCAAUCAUCCUGUGUGUGCGGCAGUCAGUGGUUUGGUGACUGUUGUCACCUGAGGAGGCCGAGACCUGUCGGAGGAGAUCCGCAUCUUCAGACGCUCGAUGGUCGCGCAUUCGACUAUCACGGCAUCGGAGAGUUCUGGGAUUGCAAAAGUCCAGAAAACGACUUCGGCGUGCAGACCCGCAUGUUCGGAUUCAGGGGUGCCUCUCUGGUCGGAGCUGCGGCAGUGAAGACAGGGCACAGCGUCGUUACCAUAACAACACCACAAAACGCUACGGAGAAGAGCUUGCCGAUUUUAAGGAUGGACGGCCAACUCCAGUCCAUCAAUACAGGACAGACGUACGUCCUGAAUAACGGCACGGUUCAUCUUGUGGCGGAGAUUCCAAGUACCACCGAGUCCGGGGAGGUUGUACUGUUUUCAUUCACCUUUGAAUCAGGAGCCUCGGUUGCAUUUGACAUCCGGUUCUCGCCCAAGAUGGGUCGUCAGUACCUGAACACCAUCUUUAGUCCGACAGCAGACUUUAAGGAGAAGACUCAGGGACUGUGUGGGUUUAUGGACGAUGCUGAGGACAACGACUUCACAGGACCGGACGGAGCUCUGCAUGGGGAUGCAACCUCAUUCGCUGAGUCAUGGCGCAUCAUCACCACUCAUCACGGGUCCGGCCUGCUGGGUUCCUGGUCCUGGGAAUCUUCCAACUUCCACCCCGAUGACGUCAUGGGUGAAGCAUAUACUGACCAAAGUCACAAACCAACACUUGGAUUGGAUGCAUUCACACCGGAGCAACGAAAGGUAGCUGAAGAGACCUGCGCGCAGCUCGGUUUGUCAGGUGUCCUUCUGGAAGAAUGCAUUUUUGAUGUCGUCAUUACAAACGACACGACCUUCUCACAACAGGAAGUCUUCAAACUCGGAUGCCCUUCUCAGUGCUCCGGUAGAGGGCGCUGUGUGAACAGCACCUGUGAGUGCAUGUCGGGCUGGACAGGUCCGGACUGUGACGUAGGCAACUGUACGGACUGUUCCGGAGAACACGGGAAGUGCGUGCUUGGGUUCUGCCAGUGCGAGCCGGGAUGGGAGGGAACAAGCUGCUCCCAGCGCGCAACGUGCCAUGCAGUUAACAACUGUACCGAUGAGCAGCAUGGCCUGUGUGUGAAAACAAACCAAUGCGUGUGCGUCCCCGGAUAUAUAGGUGUGGACUGCAGUGAGAUCCCGACCUGUUACAAGACCGACAACUGUACCUCCCGUGGUGUCUGUGUGGAUCACGACAGGUGUCUGUGUGAGCGGGACUGGACGGGAGACAAAUGUGACAAGUUUUCCUGCAAGAACCUGGACAACUGCACAGGACAUGGGCUCUGUGUGGACAUUGACGUGUGUGCUUGUGAUUGGGGCUGGACCGGAAGUUCGUGCGCCAUACCUGACUGCCCAUUGGUCAACCACUGUUCCCGCCAUGGAGACUGUGUGGCACCCGACCUGUGCCACUGUUACCCAGGGUAUGACGGGAAGGACUGUAGUCUCGUACAGACCUGUCCUGAGCUGAACAACUGCAGCAGUAACGGGAUUUGUGUGAGAAACGAGUCGUCAGGGACUGACAUCUGCAGGUGCUUCCAGGGCUAUGACAAGGAUGACUGCAGCAGACCAGACUGCUCAGGCCGGAAUGACUGUUCAGGCCACGGUGUGUGUGUGGAGCCCAUGCUGUGUGAGUGUGACAAGGGGUACGGCGGCGUCAACUGUAGCGACUUCUCCUGUCAGAAGAACAACUACUGCUCAGAACACGGGGAGUGUACUGACUAUGACGUCUGCACAUGUAACACGUCAUGGUCGGGAGAGGCGUGUAACAUCCCAGACUGCACUGCGGUGAGCAGCUGUUCCAGCCGGGGAACGUGUCUCGCACCCGACACCUGCGACUGCUACCCUGGGUACGAGGGUGACGGUUGUGAGUUAGAAACCCCGCCAAACCUGAACCGUCCCAACUUUACCCAAGACGUCUACAGGAUCCAAGUCGUAGAGAACCCCACUGUUGGAACGGUAGUGGCAACAGUACGAGCGACUGACAACGACACUGGUAUAAACGGAGAAGUGAAGUACAGGGCGGUUGAACUCAACAACACUACAGCACUUACCUUAGUUCCUGGGACUGCAGACAUUGCCACAACCAUGGAGCUGGACUUUGAAGCCAUCGGAGACAAAGAGUUCGAGUUGAUUGUUGAAGCCAUAGACGGGGGUGCGCCGACACUAACAGGAACAGCCACGGUUAUCAUGACCGUUACAGACGACAAUGAUAACAUCCCUGCGCUGAACAUAGCUGAUGAGUCCGAAGUGCAUGUUGUGUUGAGCGCCCCUAUUGGCUACGACGUUAUCGCCGUAAACGCAAGCGACCAUGAUGCGUCUGCUUCAUUUUCUAACGUGACGUUUAGUCUAACGUCAGCCAAUGAUUUCUUCGGAAUUGAUGAAAUAAACGGACGCAUUCAGGUACAACGCGCCUUGCAAAUAGGUACAUAUCCAUUGGAAGUUGUGGCGAGUGAUGGCGGUUAUCCACCAAAAGCGCGCAGGGCGACAGUUCGAGCAGUUGUGACACAGAUAAGCGCGAACACACCUCCUGUCUGUCAGCCACAAGACGGUCCUGCUCAUCUCUAUGUGGACAUCAGCAAACCAGGUGACGUCAUCACAACUGUGUCUGCACUGGACCGUGACAUCGGAACAGCUGGCGAUCUUCGGUACAGCAUCAGUGAUAGAAAGGGCAACUUGUCAAGUGAGUUUCAGGUGAAUCCUGCCUCAGGUGACAUCUACUUGACAACCACACUAGACCAGUCUUCUAGCAAUAUCUCCUUCGUGUCGCUGACUGCACAAGCUACGGACCUCGGCACGCCGCCAUUGCAAUGCGACCUCCGGGUGAACAUUGUUAUCACGAACGACCCAUCACAGCCCGCCAACGUCACGUUCCCGCCAGAUUGGUUCACCACGGAGAUUGACCACAGUCUGGUUAUACCAACCGCCCUAGGUCUCAAUACAACAGCCCAAGGUUUGAAUACAACCGCCCCAGGUCUCAAUACAACAGCCCAAGGUCUCAAUAUAACAGCCCAAGGUCCCCAUACAUUCUCCCAUGGCCUUGACACAACCAUUCAGGUUCCCAAGACAACUGUACAAGACCAGACAGGCACUGCAAACGAGGAAGUGACUUCACCUACCAAUAUUGGAGCAGUGCCAGCCCAGCUAACCUGGUACCAGCAACCGGAGUACAUCGGCGCCAUAGCUGGAGGCAUUAUGGGUGUGGUGCUUUCGAUCUCUGUCCUCAUCUACGUCAUCAAGCGUAGGAAUCCAGGAGCUAAAGUCCUACCGGGGAAAAAAGAAAUAGAACCCUGGACACGGAUUAACACACCAAACUUUGACUGCCCGGCCGCCCCAAGAUUGGAGACCCCAAGUGCGCCUCCCUCUCUCACAGUUUAUAAGAACACACCAAACUUUGAAUGUCCGGCCGCCCCAAGACUGGAGACCCCACGUGGGCCUCCCUCUCUCACACUUUAUAAGAACCGUGCCUUCCAGGCAUAAUCUGCCGAAGCGGUUUUGACAUAAUCAAGUGUUUGUUAUUGUCUCGUGUGAAAACAUGUUAGUGCGUUUUUGCUUCGCCAGUAGCUGUUCUAGUAAAGUGUGAUGUAUGUAUCGUUUGUUUGUUUUCUUUGUAUUUGUCAUUAAGCUGUGUUAAGUAAACAACGGAGCUCCUGACCGGGGCUUGAUGUGUGUGCCAUAGAAAAUUACACAGUAGAUAUGGUGCAUAACAACACAAAUGUUUUCUUUACUAACGUUAACAUCCAUGUAUAUGACACGCCUGAUCAUUCGGGUAUUUCAUUUUGUUGAGAAAAUGCAUCAUUGUCACAAUGUGUUCAAGUGUGUGGGCCAUUCGAAAUACAAAUAUCAAUAAGAGCCUCAGUAACAAAACAAUUAAACCAGAGGUAUGUUGCAUGAUGGAUCAAUUUCGUGCGUUUAAACCCAAUGUUAAUUUUGAUACGACGAUGACAUAUCAAUUGUGUGAACGCACAGCGUUUAUGUUGGGUUUGUGUGGAAUGUUGUGUGGAAUGUUAAAUGUCUAUUAUCGGCCUUUUUCUUCUUUGAUAUGAACGUUGGUGAAGAUUAGCAAAAAGGACAAUUAACUAGCGAUAUGUGGCUUGAAGUAAGAAAGGACAGCCCUGUUUUAUUUGUA